UACUUGCACUCUGAUUUUCUCAAAUGCGACCAAAAAGAACCAUAAAAGAUACAACCAAAACAAUGGUCUUUUACAUAUUUUCAUCAUGUGAAUAUUCUGCACCAUUUGAUUGAAAAGAAAAUCUCGCCAAAAUUAAUAAUUUAAUAUUAUUCAGAAGACCUGCAAAAAGUCUCUUUAAGUUAUUCACCUUUUGCCUUCAAUUAAAUUUACUUAGAAGAUUCCUUUAGUAUCAAGUUUUCCAAAUAGUUAUUAUUUCCGCGUCAAAACCAAAGAGCGAUGAAUUUUACUUGUUUUAAGAUAAGUUAAAUCGGCGUGGUUUAGGAGCUGAGUAAGUCUAUAUCAUUGACAAAAUCUAAAAUAUCAUUUUCCGUUUGUUUUGAUUUUAUUUCCUUCAUUUAAUUAGUUCUUAAACGGGUACAUGAACAAUUUUGUAAAAAAAAUUUAUGUUUGCUCCAGUUGAAAAUUAACUCGAGGAUUGUAAUACUGGUGAAAAAUUAUGACUUCUGAAAUUCCUGUAAAACCUGACAAUGAGAACCCACGAACGGAAGUUGAAGAGGGCAACUCUUCCGGGAAAGAAACUUCCGGAGAAACGCCAGACGAGCUCGAAAUGUCACAGUUUACUGAAAUCCAACUCAGCGCAGAAUCAGCCAAUUACAGCACAGAGAAUUUUCUAGAAUCAUCUAAUGAUACUCAUCACAAUAAUUCAAUCAUACAACCUGAAACGCAAUCCGAAGCCAGUUUUUCGACCGAGAGACGAACAUGGCUGCUAUGUUUUAUCUGCUUAGAAUUAGCCAGCGGUGAAAAACUGAGCUGCUGCAAAAAUUUUGUGUGCUAUAUGUGCUUCAAACUUCACGUUGAAACACAGAUUUCUGGUGGAAUAUUUGAUGUUUCUUGUCCCUUUUGCGACAAAUCAGUAAAACACACGGACCUCCUCGAUUGUCUUGACGACAAAACGAAAAAAGUGCUUGCUCGUCUUCUUCUGAUUGCAAACCUGAAGAAGAACGAGAAACUGUGUCCCCGCUGCGACUUCCUGGAAAAAGUGACUCCAAACAAAACCAAACCCCAAUCUUCCGAGGCCUCACUGGAUGUUAUAUGCAGCCAGUGUGGGCUAAAUUGGUGCUUUUACUGCCACUCUCCGUCUCAUAAGGGCAAAAAUUGUAAAGAAUAUCAGAGACCAGACAACACUUUCAGUGAGUGGCGAGCAACUCUGGACACUGACUGGAACCCUAAUGCCCAGAAAUGUCCUAAAUGCCAGAUCAAUAUUCAGCGUGAUGGCGGUUGCACGCAUAUGAAGUGCACGAGGUGCAAGACUGAUUUCUGCUACAAGUGUGGCAGGGCCUUCAAAGGGGGUGUGGUCUACCGGAUGCUGGUGGGGGAUCACUACGACAAGUACAGCAUUGUCGGAUGUCCCACUUUAUUGUAUCCGGAGUCAAGGGUCAAAAGGAACGCGGUCAGAAUCAUGGUCUAUUCCGCGAAGAAGUUGGUUCUGCUCCCGUGUUUCAUUGUGGUGGGAGUAUUAGUAUUAGCUGUACUCCCAUUCCUCGUGAUCUCAUUCCUGCCCAUUCUGCUAUUCAUGUCGUCUGCUAAAAUCUGCUGCAAAGCACAAACUCAGGAACAAAUUGUGCCUGCAUGAUCAUAACUGUCAGCGAUCAUUAAUCCUAAAAAUUACAAGACGAAUGACAAAAAUAAAAAUUAAUCAAAUCUUAGUUAAAACAAGCUCGGCCUCGGCUUGAAAUCGCAGAGGAAAUCAAUGUUUCUCCGCUGCUCUAACGGUAAAAUGUCCUCUCUGUAUAGGAUUCUGGCAGGUGGCAAUUUAGCUCUAAGACCAUUUGCUGUGACGUUUGGCGUUUGCGUGGAAUAUUUAUCAGCAAUCG